CCAAAAAAAUACGAAAGUCUAAAAAUUUACUUAGGAAUUUCUUUAAAACGACCUAUUGUUACCCGAUGGAACUCUACUUUUGAUUGUAUUUCUCAGUUGUUAACCGUUCAAGAUAAGCUUCUGGAUAAUAAUGAGUUGAAGUUACCAAAAGCUUUUAAUUCUAGCGAUAUCCAAUUUCUAAAAGAAUUUGUGCGUUGCUCAAAACCUCUAGCAUGUGCUAUUGAUCGAUUACAAGCCGAUAAAUCGUAUUAUGGUGUUCUUCCUACAUUGAUUUCAUUAAAAUACGAUUUAAAAAAUUUUAUCGCUGAUGAAAUUGUCGUUGACUGUAAACCUCUUGCUGAAGCUAUUAUUAAAGGAGUCGACGAACGAUUUCAAAAAUUAUUUGACCCUUCACAACUUGAUGCUGAUCCAUUCAUAGCGGCUAUCUCUCAUCCGCAAUUUAAAGGUCGUUGGCUAACAUCUUUUACUGAAGAAGAACAAAAAUUAGUUCAUCAACGCUUUUCAGAA